AUGUAUAAAUUCCUUGAUACACCACUCAUGCUUCAUAAGAGUAUCAACAUUACUAAGGAAGAGGCAAGAGAAGUUGCCUUGAAACAAGUUAUAUUCCUAUGUCAAUCUGGAUAUUUCAAUGUAACAGAUAUGAAAAAGAAUCCUGAACUGUUUCUUCAAAGAAUGGAAGCUGGAAUUAUUGAUGCCUCAAUGAAUGUCAAGUUGGGUGUUCAAUUACUUCUCUUUGCUGGUAGUAUUAUGAACUUGGGUACCAAGAAACAUCAUGAUUUAUACUUGAAAAGAGCAGAAAGAUGUGAAUUACCUGGUGCAUUUGCAAUGACAGAAAUUGAACAUGGAAGCAAUGUUAGAGAAUUGAAAACCACUGCCAUAUUUGAUGAACAAACAAAUGAAUUCGUCCUCAAUACACCAAACAAGGGAGCUAUUAAAUGGUGGCUCGGAAAUGCUGCUUGUCAUGCUACAAUGGCAACUGUUUUUGCUCGACUCAUUUUGAAAGGAAAGGAUUAUGGUGUUCAUGCUUUUCUUUGUCCAAUUAGAGAUCCAAAAAGUAUGGAAUUAUUGCCAGGUGUCAUUGCAGGAGAUUGUGGUGAUAAGAUUGGAUUGCAUGGAGUUGAUAAUGGAUUCCUAGAGUUUGAAAAUGUCAGAAUUCCAUACGAUAAUUUAUUGGAUAGAUUUGGUGGAAUUGAUUUAGAAAGCAAGUCAUACAAAUCUGAAUUUGAUAGUGCAGGAAGAAGAUUUGCAGCAGUUCUUGGAGAAUUAAUUACUGGAAGAGUUACCAUUGUAAGUGGAUCAUUGAAUUGCAGAAGAGUUGGAUGCAUGAUUGCCACACGUUAUGCAAGUCAGAGAACUCAAUUUUCUGCAGGUAAAGAAUUCCCAGAACAACCAAUUCUCGAUUACAAAUCUCACAAAACAAGAUUAAUGCCAAUAAUUGCCUCUUCUUACGUUUUUGAGUUUAUUAAGAGAAAUGUUGUGAAAAAGUAUUGUAGAUUACAUUUGGAAAAGGUUUCAGAUGAUGAAUUGCAAGAAAUUCAUGCCCUUUCUGCUGGUGUAAAAGCUGCAAUGUCUUGGGAUACUCAAACUCAUUUGCAAACAUUGAGAGAAAUGUGUGGUGGACAUGGUUAUUCUGCAUAUAAUCGUUUGGGAACUCUUCGUAAUGAUCACGAUGUUUUGAAAACAUUUGAGGGUGACAAUACUGUAUUAAUUCAACAAUUAGGUGGAUAUUUAUUGAAAGAAUUCAGCAAGCAGUUUAGUGGUGAGCUGAUAUCAGAUUCAGUUCAGUAUAUUAGAAAGCAAGUUGGUGGUAUGGCUCAAAGAAAUCCACUCAUUACCAGAUUGUCAAGUAAGAAACAUUUGAGAAACUCUGAUUAUCAUUUGCAAGCUUUCGAGUAUAGAACUGCAAAAUUAUUACAAGAGUGUGCAUUGGAAAUUAAUGUAAACAAGAAGAAACAAGGUAUUUUCCGUGCAUUCGGUGAAUCUCUCCCUAAAUUAAUUAGAUUAGGUAGAGCCUAUGUUGAGCAAGUUGCCUUACACGAUUAUUUACAUGGCAUUGAACAAGUUCAAGAUCCAGAACUUAAACCUAUUUUGAAAAUGAUGGGAGACUUGUAUGCUUUGGAUAUUAUUUCUAAGAAUGUUGGAGACUUUAUUGACCUCAUCAAGAAGAACAAACUCUCAGCCAUUCACGAUAUGGUUGAAUGGUUGUGUGAAGAAUUGAGAGUUCAUGCUGUUUCUCUUGUUGACUCAUUUGGAUUUCCUGAUUUUCUAUUGGAUGCACCAAUUGCUAAGAGAGAUCAUGUUCGGGAUGAUUUUUAA